AUGGAGUCGACGAAACGAAAGAAGAGAGGUCGAUACAACUCGCAUCGAAGAAACCCUGCUAUACCUAAGCCGAAAGCCACUGUUUCCCGACAUAACAGGCGAAAAGCAAACUUCUCAUCGGAUGAAGAUGAACAAAGAAAAAAACCGUGUUUCAAGCGAACUGUUGAUGUUGUUUUCGAAAAUAGUCAAGCAUCAUCGGACGAAUCGGAUUUAAACAUUACAAAUAUGUACUUGGCUUCAUGUUCUAGUUAUCAAGAUCUAGACCACGAAUUGUCAGACGUUUUGUCGGAAUCAACGCAUGAUGACGACAGUGUAGAAAAACUGGAUGCGAUUUGGAGUGAUAUCUCAGAAGACGAUCGAAGCUCCACAUCUUCAGAUGACGACCAAUUCUGUGCACGUGGAGACAGUUAUAAUCACAUCAGGAGUAAAUCGACUGAUGAAGAAGACCCUGUAUAUGUAUACCCUGGGUCGCCUCUUUUGUUGUCGGAAAGCAUUCUUUUGAUUCUUACUUUGGCUGUAGCUCACAAUCUGAAUGGAAGUUGUCUUUCAGACGUAAUUUCUUUGAUCAAUUUGCACUGCAUUCCUGGUCCACUCAACAAGUGUGUCAACUCACUCAGUGAGCUCAAGAGGUACUUUGCUGACUUCGAGCUUCCCAUAACAAAACACUUUUACUGCAGUUUUUGCUCUGAGUAUCUUGGUGUUUUAAGUGAUACUCCUGAUGUGUGCUCCAUUUGCAACAAUGAUGUGAGAGAUCCAAAGAAGAAGUCAUAUUUUGUCAUCCUUUCUGUCGAAAGUCAGCUAAACGAGCUUAUGCAAAGUAAGUAAGAAAAUAUAAUUUUAUAUGUUGCAGUUUAAAAUGAUCUUAUGUUAAAAUGAUUUCAAACUAGUUUGAUUUGUACUUUUCUUUGUCUUAGGAUUAUGGUAAUCAAUCUGGAACAAAAGAAAAUCAAAACUAACCAAGUUUGAAAUCAUUUUGACCUAAGAUUCAUUUCAAACUACAACAUAUACAACAGUGAUUGAUGUUAAAAUGGAAUAAAUAUAAAUACUGGCUUAACUACAGCAUCAUAUAUUUAGCCACUUUCGAUGCUUCCUGGGAUAAUAGCUAGAUAUAUAUAUCGCUUAAAAUAUGCAGUCACCCCUAUUGAAGUAUAAUAUUUCCAAAUAUUUGGUCCUAUAAUGGGCCAGUAAGAUCCAUGUGACAAAAAGUUUCAAAGUCUCUGAAAGUUAAGCCUAAAAUGAUGAUUUAGUUUUUAAAUGUAUAUGUAAAAAAAAAUAUUAUUGAGUCGGUUUUCACAUGAUAGCAAAAUUAUCAAGGUCUCGAUUUGUGUUACCCACCUUGGCUGUGGAAAUUCUUACUAUCUUACUCACCAUAUGUAUUUGAAUAAGUGCCCUGUGCGCUUCUUUAAUGUUAGGUCCUUUAAGGUCGAUGUUUAUUCAAGGUGGGCACUUAUUCUGAUAAAUGCAGAAACCUCAUCCUGUGGCAAUUGAGCUACAUCAAAUUAAUAGCUAUAAUCUGCUGGUGGUGUCGACUGACACUCAAAUCACAGUAUUUUGUGAUAAAAGAGUGCAGUGAUGUUUUAUCAUUCAACCAGUAAGCUUGAUUUUCUUUGUUGUAUUUUUUUGUCAUCUGAUAUUAGGAAGAGAAUUUCAGGAAGAUAUAAAGUACCGCUUUCUGCGAGAGAAGACAUCCCCUCACAACAUUGAGGAUGUAUAUGAUGGCCAUCUCUACAAGAAGCUGUUUGAAAAUAAUGGCCCACUUUCUCAGCCAGAGAACUUAUCCUUAAAGUUCAAUACAGAUGGUGUUUCUAUCUUCAAAUCAUCAGGUUCAAGUAUUUGGCCAGUGUACUUUGAGAUCAAUGAGUUGCCACCAAGUAAAAGGUAAAAAUUAGAGUAAAUUAUUAUUGGUGAAUUGUAAGUGCAUCUUAUUAAACUUUUGGAAUUAUCAUUGUAUUCUCUAUUCACAAUACUAUUUCCGAAAACAUUGCAAAAAAUUAGUUGCCUUGUUGAUGACUGGAAUGACACAUACUGUACAUAUACUUAGUUGAACUGAAUUACAUUGGUUAUUUAACAACAUUUUUCACUACUAUUUUCUGUGAUUGUGCCAAACCAUUAUUUUCAUCAAAGGAUAUUAUUAUAGAGUUCCGUAUCAGACCCUUUUUAAUUUAAAAACUAACUUUCAUUACUCUUACCCUAUUGUUCCUUUUUCUAGGCUGGAAAAAAAGCUCUGACUCUGAUAAAUGUAAAUUCGUAAGUGCAUUUUAAUGUUUUCAUGUUUUAAUUAAUAGGAAACGAUUGGAGAACAUGCUUUUGGGUGGCCUCUGGUUCAGUGACAAAAAACCUGUGAUGUCUACCUUUUUGAAACCUUUCAGAACUUCAUUAGAAGACCUUGAAACAAAAGGUACCUGGAUACAUGGUGUCUCUGAGACAGCUUUAUGUUCAUGUCUAUGUUGUGGCUAACUAAAUUUUUUUAUGGUUUAAAGUUUGUUUGGCCAGGUUGAUUUUUAUUUUCCCUGUUUUAAAAUGUAGUUAUAAAUAUAAGACAAAGGAAAGUAUAGUUUUGAAACUAAAAACAAGUUUCAGCCACAACAUAUAUACACUGUACAUGUACUUAUAUUUAGAGUGUAUAUAAAAUUUUGUAUAAAGUUUUCAAGCAAACUGUACUAGGAAUAAAUGUACGUGAUUUCUCCUGGCCAACUUGUAUGGUAGUGUAUUAUACUGAAUAGAUGCAUAAUUAAGUUUGACAUUAGGAGAAUGUAUCCUAAUCUUGUGCAUCCUGUGCUGCCAAGCGGUGAUCAUUUUCAUUGUUUGCAUGAUUUGUGUACGUUUUUGGUGCCAAGUUGGUGACUACAGAAAACAGUGGUUUAGAAUUUACGGUGACUCUUAACAAUUGUAUUCCCACAAAAUAUCCUAUCAAAUCCACUUUUGAUUACUACUAGAGUUUUUAUAUUAUUGGAAACAUUGAGCCCUGGCCAGUUGAGCUGAGUUCAUUGUCCUGUGUAUGUAAUAUGUGUAGUAGAUGUGGACCCACUGUCCCAACAACAUGAUUAUACAUUAUUUUGUUAUUGUACAAAUAAUUUAAAAUAUACUUUGUUUAUAUACACUUUUAGGACUUGUUAUGGAGAUUCCAGAUAAGGGAAAUUUUACCAGUCAUGUGUUCCUUCUUGGCUCAGUUCUUGAUCUUCCUGCAAGGUGUUCCUUUUUAGAGAUGGUUCAGUACAAUGGCUUUUGCAGCUGCUGUUACUGCAUGGUUUUGGGAAUGUCUUGCAAAUCAAGUGUGAAAGAAGGACACAGGGGAAGAGUUACAGUUUUUCCUUUCAAUUUUGAAUCAAACAAUGGACUUGCUAAAGAACGCACAAAAGAAAGUAUGGUUGCAGAUGGCUUGCAGUUUCUGCAGGGUACAUCAGGAGGAAAACCUGUAAGUUAGUGUACUGUCAUUAAAUGUCAUGAAAUGAUUUAGUCUACUUCAUAUAUACCUUUAUCCUGGGUGUUAGUGUUUGUUUUUUUGUUGUUUUUUUUUCGCACAUUGAAGACCCUACAUUCACAGAGUGUCGAAGUUGUAUUAUACUAUUGUCAUUUUCUAAUGGGGUUUCUGAAUCAUCACAAGAAUUUUCAAUACCUCAAGGAGCCUUAUAAGCAUUAAUUUUUGUAAUUUCACUUAGAUUUAGAAACCUACAUAGAAAACUAUGACUAAUACAUAUGAAACAUUUAACACAAAAAUAAAAUACGAAAUGUACUGUUCUAGUCGACCUUACACUACAGUGUACAGUAGACCUUAGUUUAAUUGACAUCUACAUGUACAUCUAUAAAGUGCACUUUCAUAAUUAUUUGUUUUCUUACAUUUUCUUAGGUAAAUGGGAUGAAAGGUGUUUGCCAGUUUGCAAGCCUUAAACACUAUGAUAUCAGUAAAGGUGUUUGCCUGGAUUACAUGCAUGGGGUCCUGCUGGGAGUUACACGACAAUUGAUGGCCCUGUGGUUUGAUUCAAAACACAAGGACCAACCUUGGUACUGUGGUGAUCGUGUCAGUAUUAUUGAUGAGCGUCUUUGUAGUAUCCAUCCACCCAUGAAUAUCACAAGAACACCCAGACCUAUUGAAACUCAUCGCAAGUAUUUUAAAGGUAUAAUAUCCAUUAAGUCUACAUAUGUGAUAGAUGAGCAUACAGUCGUGUACUGUUUAAAGUAGGCAUGUUUUCUUGUAAUACAUAUACCCUAUGGUUCUUUUUUUUUCACAGCAACCGAAUACCGAAAUUGGCUGUUUUACUACAGCGUUCCUUGCCUGGUUGGUGUUCUUCCCGAUGUUUAUCUUCACCACUUCAUGCUUCUUGCAUUUAGUGUGUGGCUGGUGAAUCAGCAGACUAUUUCACCAGAAGAAGUCAAUCAGAGUGGAAACCUUCUGGCAAAAUUUGUGAUGCUGAUGGAUGCCCUCUAUUGUGAGUAUUUAACUGCUUCAUUUGGGCCUCCAUGCAUUAACUUUUGUUGAGAUCAAUGUAUUUGUCAAUUAAUAAUUAAUUAUUUUGACACCAUGGUGGCUUUUACAGCUAGUGAAAUGGGGUGUUUGCAUUUUUUUUCAGCUGAGCGUCAUAUGACCAUCAAUAUCCAUAAUUUGCUUCACAUACAUGCAUCAGUUCACAAUCUUGGACCACUGUGGGCAAAUUCAACUUUUGACUUUGAGGAUGCAAAUGGGGAGUUAACUGCGCUUUUCCAUGGCACCCAGAACAUAGAUAUGCAGGUGAUCAAAAUAGCAAGAAUCAAUAAUACUGUGCUCAUAAAAUAUAUAUUUGAAAGGUAUCUAAAAGCAAGUCUAAUAAUUAAUUUACUCAUUGAUCAAUAAGAUGUAUGGAAGGAUUCUUUUGAUCUUUUGUAGAUAGCAUCCUCAGUCUCUGCAGUCAAAAUUGCUCCAGACCUUGCGCGGAAAUUGGACAAAGACUCUCCUAGUUACAGUUUGUACAGAAGGAUGAAAUUUGGAAAAGAACAGAAGUAUGUAUGGCAGUAG